AUGAGCAGCCUCAAUUAUAAUUAGGUUUCAUUGCAUAAAGCAAGCUAUGAACCUGAUAUACCAGUAAAUAAUGCAACUCCUUGCUUUAGAGACCCAUUUGAGUUGACACCCCCGCAAAUCGAGGAGAUAAGAGGAGAUUCAAUGGAAGAGUCAAAAAAAGCAGCUGAAUUUUCAUUAAAGGAUUUCAAAGUAAUUGAUAACAUUGGUUCAGGCUCCUUUGGUAUCGUAUAUAUUGUGGAGAAGGACGGAAAGUAAUAUGCUAUGAAAGAAUUGAUGAAGGACCAAAUUAUAAGAGAUUCUUAAAGUCUGUAUUUUGUAAUGGAACAUGUUCCUAAUGGCUAGUUACAUUAAUUGAUGGAGCAGAUUCAGAAUAAUGGUUAAAAAGGUUUGCCUCCUACCUUGGCAAAGUUUUACUCCGCGGAACUGGUUUGUGCCUUAGAAUAUAUCCAUUCAUUUUCAAUUGCUCAUAGAGAUUUGAAACCUUAAAAUAUCCUCAUAGACGAAUAAUUUCACUUAAAAAUAAUCGAUUUCGGAGAUUCCAAGGAGAUAACCGAAUAAGAUAUGAUAGAAAACUAGAGGAUUUCAACUUCAAAAAUUAGCUCAGGGUCUUUUUCAAAGAUACUUCUUAAUAAAGAUUAAAGGGAUCAUCAUAAUCACAGAGAAGGGACAUUUGUAGGAACUCCACUCUAUGUUGCUCCCGAGAUGCUAGAGUUUAAUUAAUCAGGAUAUUUUUCAGAUCUUUGGGCACUCGGCUGCAUAAUUUAUUAGCUCUUAACUGGAGUAACUCCAUUUCAAGGUAAAAACCACGAUGAAGUAUUUUCAAACAUACUGGAGAGGAAAAUUAAGUUUCCUCCAUACAUGGAAAGAGAAGCUGUAGACUUAAUUGAUAAGCUUUUAGCAUUUAAUCCUGAGGCUAGAAUUGGAUACAAUAAUUUCAUCUAGCUAAAAUAGCACCCGUACUUUCGUGAGAUAGAUUUCAAAAAGAUCAAAAGUAGGGAAAUCCCUGUACCUAAUCUUGAUAUAUUUGGAGUAACUUUAUAAAGUUCGUUAAUUACAGAUGAUUCAGAUGACUCUGCCAGAAGAAAAUUCAAAUCUUUCUUUAAUAAAAUAGAAAAUGAAGAUUGCUGCUCUGGAGUUGUUGACUACAAAAGAGGUGUGUUCGAAGGAGAAGUGAAAGUACGAAGAAAGCUUUUUUUCUACAAGAGAAGAUAUAUGAUUAUCUAAGACAAUGGAAUAAUCCUCUUAGCUAGAAAAAGCGGGAGAAUGAGAUGUGAUAUGUUUAUAGAUGGCAAUACAGAAAUAACUAGACUUAAAGCGAAGCGAUUCCAGAUUAAGAAUUAAAGAUUCCAAGAGGUUAUAGAAUCCCCAGAUACAGAUGAAUGGAUGAGGAAACUUAUCUAAAUACGCGAACAGCUAGCAAAUAAACCUAUAAGAUAGUCUACAUUCUCAAAACCAAGAUGA